GAUCAGUCUGAGGAACUGAAAGUCGAGGGAGACUGCGGGUGGCUUGAGGCAUCAGGUGUCCAUGCAGGGAGAAAGAGGAGAUGAGCAGUAACAAGUUGAGUGAGCUCUGCAGCACCGUGCAUGUGAUCAGGGGAGUCUCAAACAGUAUGUGUGUGACAAGAUCAAACAUAAGACCUGCUGUAGGACGCAACAGCAAUCAAUUUUAAUCAGUCAUCUGGGACUGGACCCGAAGGAAGAGGACAAUGCAGUUGGCCAAGAAACACUACCAUUAGUCUCUCAUUGGACUUGUGCAUGAGGGUGCAAAUAGUACGGUCGAUAAGAAGACUCAAGACAUCCACCUCGAGCAAUAAUCUAAUGCUGCGCUUAAUCCAGAAAAUGAAUAAUAAAUCACCCAAUGGACACCAAGUAGAGGACGUCUGACCCGAUGAGCAUUCAUUCUGGAUUAUUCAAAAGGUAAUCCAUAACAUUCUGCUGGACCAUGGCUUGCAAACGGAAGCAGUGGAGGUCCACGGGCAAAGGCUUGGUUCUGGGAAUCCUCCUGACCAGCUGCACAAUCCUGAUUUACUGCCUCUCCUCUGCACAGAUCCUGUUCAGCCAUCCAGAGCUUCCAGUGCCUUACUCUUGUGCCCACCGUCCAUCCCAGCUCCGCCCAAAACUAAUCGCCAACAGCUCACAGCAAACCACUGAGCCGACCUGCACUCCUAAAGUGGAUAUCAUGUUCAUGAAAACCCACAAAACAGCCAGUAGCACCUUCCUCAACAUCCUUUUCCGCUUUGGGGAGAAGCAUCGACUCAAAUUUGCCUUCCCUAACAGCAGAAACGACUUUUUUUAUCCGUCGCUGUUCCAGCGCUCACAGGUUAAAGACUACAGACCUGGAAUGUGCUUCAACAUUAUUUGUAAUCACAUGCGCUUCAACGCACCCGAGGUGACCAAGUUGCUCCCUAUGGACACUUCCUACAUCACUAUUCUGCGGGACCCCGCGGAGCUUUUUGAGUCAUCCUUCCACUAUUUUGGCCGGCUGGCGCCUUUUACCUGGAAGAUACCAGGUGAUGACAAGCUGACUGAGUUUUUACGCGACCCACAUUACUACUUUGAUCCAGACGGCUUUAACGCAUUCUACCUCAAGAAUCUGCUGUUCUUUGACUUCGGGCAGGACAACACUCAGGAGCUGGAUGAUCCGCGGGUAGAAGAGGGAAUCCGAUCCAUCACUGACCGUUUCCAGCUGGUCAUGUUGGUGGAAUACUUUGAGGAAUCACUCAUCCUGCUCAAGGAGGCCCUCUGUUGGGAGAUGGACGAUUUGCUCUUCUUCAAGCUCAACGCCCGCAAGGGGUCCACUGUGUCUAAACUCACGCCCGAGCUGAGGGCCAAGGCUCUCGAGUGGAACGCCGUUGACUGGAAGCUGUACCAGCAUUUCAACCAGACCUUUUGGAAGAAAGUUGAUGCAUAUGGACGGCGGCAGAUGGCCCAGGAUGUGGCCGAGCUCAGGAGAAGGAACGUGGAGAUGGCGUCCAUCUGCAUCGAGGGGGGUCGAGCUGUUGAGGCCGGCAGCAUCCAAGAGACAGCCAUGCAGCCAUGGCAGCCCAUGGGAGAGAAGUCCAUCAUGGGCUACAACCUGAAGAAGAACGUGGACAAGGCACACAGGAAGUUGUGCCGAAAGAUGUUGAUGCCGGAGCUGCAGUACUUGACGGAGCUGGGGGUCAACCUGUGGAUCACCAAGCUGUGGGGCCAUGUCCGAGAUGUCAUUAACUGGUGACCAGACAUAUGAGCAUGAGGAACCAGUUCAACUCUGACAGACUGUAUUCGAAGAAGAGGAAUCUGUGAGGCUGAUUAAUUGAAAUUAUAACAGAUAUGUCACAUUUUUUAUGGCCCGUCCAUUUUUGUGUAAAUUCAUACACAAUGGCUUAAUUACAUGUGCUAUGUCUUUGAAAAUAAAUACUGUAGACCUCCCAAUCUACAAAUACUUUUACCCUAUAUUCUUACUCUGACCAUGUCCUAAUAUAUCCGAUGAGUACAUUCAGGAUUAAUGAAUGAGGCUUUAAAUAGAUUAAAGACACAUUUGAAAGAUUGUUUGAAGACUGAUUGGUUCCAAUGCUUUGAACCGAAUAUUUUGUUGCCCUUUGUUGCUAUGCCCCAAAGUUGCAACAUUUAAGUUUUAAGGGACUGAAGCCACAAUAAGGGCUAAAAUAGAGAUGAGAAAAUUGUGAAUUUAAGGAACAUAUCCCACUUUACUGUCUGUGGAGGACAAACAAUUAUAAUUUAAAUAAUAGGGUUGCAAAUACAGACCUAGAUAUAUGGCUGCCUUUUUCACUUUUCAUAACAGGGAAAGCACAUGGCGGUUCAACUAAUGACACUAAUCUCCGCUCUGUUUCUGGAGCUACUACAUGUAAAUCCAACAAAGCAAUCAUUAUUAUUAUUAUUACUGUACACCUGCGCUUUUUCUGCAGCGACAUUCUGAAAGAUCUGUAAUGAGAAAAGGGCAUGGGCAAUAAUAAGUAAUUUUUGUUUGAUGGCAUAUCACUGCAAUGUGCUAUAUGAAAUAACAUCUAUGCUUCUUUGAAGUUAAAGCCAAUUGAUAUCAAUUCAUAAACCUCCUUAUGUCAUUCGCCCUCGCGAUGGGCGUGGCAAUGACAUUGACAAUGUGGUAAGAAAUUGUUGCAUAGUGAGUCACAAAAUGUUCAGCCAAAUAGAUCACUAUGACUAACAGUGUUAAACACCAACAACAUGUGGUUACACAGCCUUGUAACCAUAGCGUACUGAAAGGAAUACAAUUUAUUUCUCCAAUGUAUUGAGAAGUAUUUCUCAAUAGAAUGCAUCCCAAACAUCACCUGUUAUUGCCCUGUAUUGCUAAUUUACUUUUGAUACAUAUAUUAUUUUUUCCUCUUUUGUUCAUCCAGUUUAUCUAUUAUAUGUUCUAUUAUCUAUUCAUGCUUUGGUUAUAUAUUAAUUUAUCUGUAAUUUACUGAUUUUGUCCUCCAUACCUUUGUCUGUUUUUCCUGGUAAUAAAUGAUUCUUUUCAAAAUAAAUUGAAAAUGAAAAAAUGUAGAAUUUCAUAUAUGUUGGUGACAACUUGCUCUCAAUGGGUGACUGUUUCAUCCUUAUAUUACUCCAUGUACAAAAAGUAGUAAUAUGUAUUUGUGUUUAAUUGUGCAUGAAUGUAUAUGGCAUCCCAACCAUCUGAUAUUUAUAUAUUAUCGUAUUUAAAGGAUUAAGCAGGUUCACUGCUGAUGCAGUAAUUUAUUACCAUUGGAUUACUGAAAGAGCCCAAGAAGGAGUUAGCAUUUCUUAUAAAAACUGUACAACCAAAACAAUUUAACACUGUCUGGAUAAAAGGAUAUAUUAAAGUAUUGUAUCACUAUGACAAAUCCAAACCAAAUUAUACUAAACUGAGAUUGAACCUGUAGACUUGACUGACAGGUUAUACUUUGCAUUGGGCAACUUCUCUCAUUUAGUCCUAUAAAUGACUAAUUCACAUAAGUACAGAGACCUUGUGUUUAGAAAAUUGCUUGAAAAAAAAACAACCCCUUUUUCACAGAAGACAUGUGUCCUCUACUUAAGUGACCCAGUAUGCUGUUACAGUGGAGCAGUCACUCGUCAGUUUAACAAUUGUUUGUAUUAUUAUUGAUCUGUGUUCUUCCUGCUGCGCGUAUAAAAUUUCCUUUUGCAGUUUU